CAUUUCGAGGGAUUACGAGUAAGUCAAGUUGGGCAAUUUUUGCUCAGUCCAAUCACACCUCCGCCAAGGCCGCGUCACAACGGAAGUGAUGUGGUUUAUUUUUAAACAGGGUAUUUAACAUGAACGUGUGACAGCAUAUAGUCAUUAAUUUCUGUUUGAUGGAUGGCACUGUUUUAAAAUGUCAAAACGAAAGCUAGAUGCUGAAGAUUCAAGGCUUGAAAAAUCACUACCCAAGCGACAGAAAACGAAAUCAGUUCGGUUUGAUAAAGCUACUGUAUUUUAUUUCCCUCGUCGUCAAGGGUUCGUGUCUGUGCCUUCCUCGGGUGGUUUUACUCUGGGCAUGGCGAACAAUCAUUGUUGGGAAGAGACAAUACACCUCUGUUCUUUGAACGACGAAUUUAUUACAGACAGCACCAAACAAGUCGUAUCUAUACCACAGAAAAAGAGAAAAAUCCUCUUGAAGAAAUCUGGAAUCAAGAGAAUUUUUAAGAAGGAGGAAAAAGAUUGCAUGGAAAUAAGGCUUUCUCGAAUCCUCUGUGGUUGUUCUUGCGGGGAGAUGUGUGAUGCAGAAACUUGUGAAUGUUCAUUGAACGGCAUUGGAUGCCAAGUCGACUACGGGAAAUAUCCUUGUUCUUGUGAAAAGAAUAGCUGUAAAAACAAAAACGGUAGGAAACAGUACGACCCCAGUAUAGUGGAGAGACACUAUUACGAGACAUUUACUCGACUCAAUGGAAUUGCUAUUAAUGUUGGGCUUGAACAGAUAUUGUGAUGCAUACAUAUUCAGUAUUAGUGAAUUUUUGAUUUAUUUUAUGUUCAGAUAUAUUCAAUAUGACGAUGCCUCGAAGAUAUGAAACUUUAUUUUGUCAAUGGAAAAAACAUUUGGUUAUUAUAUGAGCAUUAUGUUCUGUUUUUCCGAGCAACACAACUGUCCAAAUACAUGGUGUUUACAAGCAACGCAACGCCGGUCAAACACAGGGCCAUAAAUUUCACAAAUAUGGAAAUAAUGCUGAACAUUUUGAUUCCAAAUUUCGAUAUUAUUUUCGAUUUUGUUUGGAAAAAAGAAGAAUCAUAUUUAAAAAUUAUGAUAUUUAAGAAAAAUAAUGAUUAUAAUUCUGAAACUACAGUAUAAAAGAAAAAUAAAAUACUAUAAAUGCGCACGACAUUAA